AUGAACAGUGAAGGUGAGGGCAAUUGGUCAGCCUGGAGGGUCAUUUCCAGCAUCGAGCAGAAAAGUGACACCACUGACAAGAAGAUGCAGCUGGUCAAGGACUACCGGGAGAAAGUAGAAUGUGAGCUAAGAUCCAUUUGUACCACUGUCCUGGAAUUGUUGGAUAAGUUUUUAAUAGCCAAUGUGACUAAUCCAGAGAGCAAGGUCUUCUAUCUGAAAAUGAAGGGAGACUACUUCCGGUACCUUGCUGAAGUAGCGUGUGGUGAUGACCGAAAACAAGCAAUAGAUAAUUCCCAAGGAGCUUAUCAAGAAGCAUUUGACAUCAGCAAGAAAGAGAUGCAACCUACACAUCCAAUUCACCUGGGGCUAGCUCUUAACUUUUCUGUAUUUUACUAUGAGAUCCUUAAUAAUCUGGAGCUUGCCUGCACAUUGGCUAAAACAGCUUUUGAUGAGGCUAUUGUAGAACUUGAUACACUGAACGAGGACUCCUACAAAGACAGCACCCUUAUCAUGCAGUUGCUUAGAGACAACCUAACAUUAUGGACAUCAGACAGUGCAGGAGAAGAAUGUGAUGCUGCGGAAGGUGCAGAAAAUUAAAAUUCCUACAGGGUGUCAUCUUCCUUUCUCUCA